AUGCGAGUUGUUGUAUCAGGUUUUGGGCCAUUUUGUUCCGUCAAAGUUAACAGCAGCACGCUUGCUGUACAGGGCUUAAAGAAGUUGUGGGAUAAUUUACUUGAUUCCUCGGAUGACGUGUCGGAGCUUAUUAUUUUUGCUAACCUGGAAGUCUCCUACCGCGCUGUCCAGAAUCUCAUGCCAAUCAUUUGGAAAGGGGAGCCUCCCGUAAGUUUUUUGGUCUUCUAGUUCUUGUUACGGGGCACCCUCUUUCUCUUCACACUAGCAGGCGUCGUUUUUUAGCUUGACAUUACGUCUUUCCAAAUUCUUUGCGAACUUGCUGAAGCUUUCGAAUUCAAAAGCUCUAUCCACAGCUCUUACUGCUCAAUUUCCACUAGACAACUUUUCCUAGACCAUUGUUCUGCGAACUUCAUAUGGCUGAACCAAUAUUCGAGCCGUAUAAACAGUAAGCAGUGACAACUAGUUACUGCAGUAACUACCGUCAUGAUGGUGGCCAGCAAGUACACAUAACCAUUUCUUUUUUAUUUCCGUGAGCAAAUUCAGGAAUUUUCUCGGGCGAGAAUGUGCCCAGGCGGCGAAAGGACUGGAGUGUGUAAUUGGAGAACAUACCUAUGGAACGCACGCACACGAAGAACUGUGUGGACUAAUUUGGCAAUGAAACCUUGUUGAUUUGUCUGAUACUUCGAAUCUGUUAGGGAUCCCAUAUGCAGGCGGUGAGGUGGAAUGUCAACUGUACUUGCAGCGUUCGGCCAGUCUCCUUUUGGCAUGUAUCUGGUACCGAACUUGUCAUCAUCACUCAGAAGUAUAUUGACACGAUAUUAUGCGGGACCAACCCGCUGUCCGUCAGAAACUUGCUUUCUGUAGAAAAUAUAAUGUGUCAAGAUCUCCAGGGGUAGUUUUAUGAUUAAUGAGGAUCCGAACCGUCCACGCCAACUUUAAUCUUCCACCUGCAGGAACGCUUUCUCAUUGUUGGGAGUAAGGUUUGCAAUGCUGUCAGGCAAUGUAUAGCUCAUCAGCUAACCAGGCAUCCUUUUCUUACCAAAUUUUGUGUGACCAGUCAGGUAGGAAUGGAAGGGGAUCAUCGAGCUCGGGUGUUGGCGUCUCAUCAACAACGUUUUCGCCCCUGAAAUCAGGCAAGGGAACGGUUACGGGUUCUUCUUUGUCACUAGCGAACUGUAUGUAAGCAUAUUGGGAGUUGCACUGGAGCAGGUCCACCUUAACAAUCGGAUCACAUUUGGACAAUCUUCCUUCUUCAAUAGAAAUUUACCAUAAGAGGUGAGCCACAUAGGGAGGGUGAUCCCGGUAGUCGGCCUUCGAAUGCGCAUCAACGUCCUGUCAUAUGGUUUUGCAUUGGCGACUGUCCACAACAGUGCUCUGAUUGGACGCAAAACAUUAAUUACAACGAACUCCCGGGGCGUGAUUGACAAUUUAUGAGAUUUCAGAGCAUGUAAAAUAGUCAUUCACGAAAUUUGCUCCAAACGCCCUAACCCACCCGUCACCCUUUGGGGAUUUGUAUGCUGUUGUCCUACCAAUUGUCACUCCCUUAUUACUGAGGGACUGCCGAACGUCGGUUGACAAACGACGGUUUCCAAUCGGUUUGAAUCUACGAACGACUACAGAAUAUGGAGAACUGGCACAAAAACUAUGUGACAUUAUCGCUAGUCUGAUAAGGACAGACAAAUAUAAAUGCAAGACGACAAUGUUCAUAAAUAAUCGUUAUAAAAUAACGGCUGCCUGUCAUUAAGGAUGGCGGAUAUUGGAAGUCGAAUGACGAUUGUUCGAACUGCUGGGUAAGCCCGAUGCGUUGGCCUUGUCUUCAAGAGGAAAAACGGAAUCCAGUUUUCCAACAGGGUUAACAUCCAACGACUACAAUAUCAAUUUCUUUCAUCGAAAAAUAAGGUUCCUGACUCGUCAAAAGUGGGGCAGUCGCGAGACAUCAGAAUUACAUAGCAACUCAUAGGACCCUUUCAGAUCGACACUACUCAUUAAGGCAUCAGAACCACGACAAGGCAUGCCUGCGAAUAAGUUUUCUUUAUCACAUCAUUAAAUUAUUAAAUUUGGAUGACAAUAGCUCCCAUCGCCAGCGUUCAAUCUUAUCCUAACCCUCAUUUUGUUGAUCACCAUAGAUAACGGUCAUAAACGCAGAUUUGUAAAAAGUUUGGGAUGACUAAAUAGAAAAAUUGCUCCCAUUCGUUUAUGGACACCCCUGUGGCAUACACUUAUUUCUCGACCGCAGAGUAAUGUCGUUCAAUUGGGGAUAUAACACGCGAAAGGAACGCUACCGAUCAGCCAUUCUGAUUCAGCCUGUCGGCAAUCGAGACAGUUGAAGCAGCGGUUUCGGCCAUCAGUGGGGGUUUUAUAGUGGACAGAAGCGAUUGUGGCAUUUAGAAGUUCCUCUUUAAGAGCUUUAAAUGCUUCUUUCACGUCCAGUAGCGGCAGGAAAGUUUUUUAGAUGAGUAGGUGAAUUUCAUAUGAUAAAGGGAACAUCCGUUGUGAGUAGUGGGCGAACAGUCCGCCAUGCGGGGGAGCCACUCCACUUAACUACUUUAAGCGGUCCGGAUCUGUUUUGGCAUUACCCUUACAAGUCUUGUAUCGAAGGCGCCUGACUUGCUUAGCAGCGAUGAAACUUUUGACUUUGCCGAAGGUCGGUCCAUAUUCCUCGGUCAUGUGGAGGAAUUUUCGAGGGUUUGACUUACGAGCAAGGCCGUCCCCGCAAAUGGGGACAUUGUUCACGUAGACCGACGCCCUUAAAUCUCGCGCAUAAUGGUGCCAUCGACAGUUCGUAGGAAACAUGCAACUUCAUUAGUCACGCCAGCCAGAAUUUGGCAAAAUGAAUACAAACGUCCAUAAUUCCCAAGGUUGUGUAUGGCUGUUCCUCCGUCAGAAUAUGUACCUGGUGCUAGGCGCCCUUGAAACCAAGAAUGCUAUAAAUGUCGUAGCUAACAAUAAGCUCAGUCAUGUUGCUUACCCCAGGGCAAGGGUAGGCAUGAAGGAGCGCUAUACUCACUGAUUGUUUGGCCAUUGUCAACACCCACUCGCUUUUUGUGGUUAGCAUUAGCUGCAACCUUGACAUCCACGCAAAGCCGUUUGAGGCGUUUAGUUCCGACGUGCAUAUCAACCGAAAUGUGAAUUAUUUCGACCGAGAUCAAUUGGCAAAUCUCGCCGAACUGACAGUUCUGUGAGUGGACUGCGUGAAUUCCCCUCCAGGAAAUACUCGCCAACUAUUAUAGUGCCAACUGACCUCAACGUAGUUUCUAACAACUACUUAUUCACCUCCGUGACUUUCUCACGUGUUCGAUUAAGUAAGUGGCCGUCUUCACUCCCAAAAGUACCGUUUUGUCGAGUCAUUAGGGCGGAUUCUCUAGUCAAUAAGGACCGGUCACCCGUACUGACAAGCACUAGAAUCCUGUCUACCUUCCUUCCUUAUCUAUGGGUAGUGUCACCAGCAGGGAGACCUAUUGUCUUGACGCGCGGAUACCCCAAGCGUUGCUUCUGACUUUUUGCCUUGCAGGACCUAGUGAUACACUGUGGUGUAUCCUGCGGCUCUAGUGCCAUUGCUCUCGAGACUGGAGCCUUUGACGGACCUUUCUGCCAGGUAGAUGUACUAGGACAAGUCUGUUCAGCCCCUUCUUGUGGGACAUUUACACAGACCACUCUGCCGCUGGCGGACGCCUGUACAAUGCUCAAUGCAGUCGGCCACAAGUGUGUCCUGUCUGCAAAUCCAGGCACCUUCCUUUGCGACUACAUUUACCACAUGUAAGUAUGACAGUCGCCUGGGUGUUUGGUUUUCCCAUUCAGCUAUAAAGUGCUUCAAGUGAACCAAGAUCGCGAGACCGCUUGGUGAUUGGCAAAUCUCACCAGACCUUGUCCGAAACUUCAACUUUUUCGAAGUUCUGGCUUUUUGAAAUCUCACUUCUAUUCUCGAAGUCGUUGAAGACUAGUCAUUGGUCUAGCGGUCCAAUUCAGUCUUUGCCAUCUCCAGUUUCCGCGCGCAUCAAAUGUCACGGCCAUCAUAAUGAGGAUGGCGUCAGUCGUCCUGACCGUUUGCCCCAUGAGCUGUCAUUGGAAUCUUCUGCAUGAAGGGGUCCUCGACAGAUGUCUAGUUUGAUAGCAGUGUGAGAAGCCUUCUUACUGUGAUGUGAAACGACUCCUACACUACGGUAUUGUCUUGCUGUUGUAACCACGUUGUAAGCGGUUAGUUUUGCAGACAGACUACAACCCCGGUAUCGGUCAGUCAGCACUGUUUUGCCGGCUUUCCAUUCCCUUAGUUCGUGACACCAAAACGUUGGGGGGACCUUCCACUGCUCGUCUCAUUCAGACACAUCGGGCAUUCCGCUGGGGUCUCUAUCCUUCCGGCCUGCAUGGACGAAAUGCUAGGUGGCAUACGACUGUCCGAAAUUCGUGACAAGGUCGGACUAAUGUCUUGUCCCUCAUUUGCUCCAGCUCAUCAAUAUUCGGAUAGGUCUAGAGCGAGGCAACCAACCUUCCUGACUUUCGAAUGUCUCCCUCCAUGUUUCUUUGACAGCCGUCCACCAGUUUGGCCAAAUUGGCUAACUUGUACAGACGUCCUAGGAGCCCGGCAUGGAUACCAAGACUAAACAUUAUCUAGGAGGGUUACUCGCCAGACCACGACCUAUGUGAAGACGUGUCUUAUUUACUUCCCAGGUCCCUUCAAUACGGACCAGACCGGACAGUCUUUGUUCACGUUCCAGCUGUUUCCAGUGAUCUGGAGGCGAACGACCUCGGCGAGGCUCUCCUGCUCCUCAUAAUCUUCUUGGCCAGACUGAUGAAGCUAACAAUCCCUCCGGCGUUUUCAGAUUUCGUCGACCACAAAUCUCAGCUGUCCUCAGUGGAUUCAACAAACUAG